UUGUUCGUGUACUGGAUGGUGCGGGCUGUAGCGCAAGGGCUGUUCUGCUUUUACUGCUGCACUCUUGCGCUCGGUUACACAGCCAUCGACACACAACAAGGUGGCCUUAUUCUGGGCCAAGACGGCUUGGCUAUGGUGUGCUACGCUAACGCCAUUAUGAUACAGGCGAUGAACUUGGGAUUGCAGACCCAUUCGUUCACCUGGAUGAACCAUGUGGUGAUUUGGGGCCUAACGCCUAUGGUAUGGGUGGUGUUUGGUGCGGCUACGUUAUUCCCGAUGUUUGGGGACUAUCCGCUCUUCUUCGAAGUCCAAGAUACAUGGAUCUUUUGGAUUCUAAUGCCUUUAGUACUCGUCGGAAGUCUGGUCCCGUUCGUUGGGUUCGAGCAAUUGUUUAUGCCUCAGGCUGUCGCACUUUCGAAGAAGAUGAAUUCUGUGCUACACGUCUCGUGA